CAUGGCGGACGCGCGGCAGAAGAACGUGGUGGUAAGCAAGCCGAUCCUGUAUGGGUCGGUGGCCACGUACCUCGGGCGCAAGGCCGAGGAGACCAAGACGCACCGCUGGUCCAUCUAUCUGCGCGGCAUGGACAACGAAGACCUGUCCUACAUGAUCAGCAAGGUAGUCAUCAGCCUGCACGUGAGCUUCGCGAACCCCGUGCGCGUGCUGACGGAGCCGCCGUACGAGGUGACGGAGCUGGGCUGGGGAGAGUUCGAGACGCGCAUCCAGAUCUACUUCCACGACCCGACGGAGCGGCCCAUCAGCAUCAUCCACUUACUGGUGCUGUACCCGCCCAAUAGUCAGCCCGCCAGCACCAAGAAGCCAGUAGUGAGUGAGUUCUACGACGAGCUUGUGUUCAACGAGCCGACCGAAUUCUUCUACAAGAAGCUGAUGGCCGGACCGGACCGCCAGGCGCCGCCGCUGGCCCUGCAGGACCAUCUGCCGACCUACUCGGACGUUGAGGUGCUCAAGACGCUGGCGCACGCAGAGACGUUCGUGACGAAGGAAAUCCAGGACACCAAGAACUUGCUGUUGAGCGCCGACAUGGAGAUCAAGGAGCUGAAGGAGCGCAUUGCCGAGCACGCCAAGAAGAAAAAGCAGGCAGACAAGUUGGCUGCUGCGCAAACGGCAGCAUGAUAGCGCACGCGCUUAGGAUGUCAUGGAUGGAU